AGGAAGUAAAAUUAUUAUAAAAAAAUCCAACAUUUCACAAUCGGGAAAUUGACAAAUGUGGUUUCCCUGAAAGGUGUUGAAAUCUACAGACCAAAUUACCUAUAAUUUACAGCAUAAAUAAACAAAAGGAUGUAUCAAGUACCAAAUUACACACAAGCUGUGUCGAUGAAAUUAUCUGAAGUACUAGCUGAUAUAGGUGUUGAUGAUAGAAUAGUGCUGAAGAGGAGAAGAUCAGUGCUUCUGAGAGAAGCAGUAAAAAAUGUGAAUGACCAACUAUGGAAUAUGAAUAUUUAUACAUCAUACUAUUUCGGUAGUCGAUCAGAAGGUACAACCACCAUGGGAUUGAGGUCAGACGCAGAUCAUCUUUUUUGUUUAAAUGCUUUUUCUGUAAUACAAGACUGGAGUGAAUGGAUACCUGGUGUACUUAAUUAUUUGAUGAUUCAAGAUAGUUCUGUAUCUCCGGGAUAUUGUGUACUUCAAAUGCUGAGACCGGAUGUUCCUCUUCCUGCUGAUGGAGAAUCUGAUCAAUACUUCUUCAGAGACAGAACAGGAAAAAUACUGCUAAAACAUAUUAUACUACCUGGUAUAUUUCAUUUAAAACAUCUGUUUGGUGGAUUCCUAGACAGACUUCAAGUACAUGGUCCAGCAGGAGUAAAUCAAGGACCUCCUGGUUACUGUGAUAUGGACCUUGUGUUAGCUCUACAUUGUAAAACAUGGCCACAACAAGCUAGACGAUGGCAGGAUCAACAUAGUGAUGCUCAGUGGCCGUCUGCUGAAAUAAAACAAUAUUGCAGCAGAACUGGAUGCUUUGUUGUUCCUGUUGGAUAUAGAGGGAGUGAACAUGAGCAACUUGAGUGGAGAAUAUCAACAUCUUUAGCCGAAAGGUGUUUAAUGUUUAAUCUUAAUAUUACACAGAUUCGCUGUUAUGUCUUGAUGAAAAUGAUUAUAAAAUCAUUCCUUGACCCGCAGUUUGAACAUGUGAUUUCCAGUUAUAUGUGUAAAACUGUACUCUUGCACUGUAUUGCAAAUUCACAUUUUAACAUCUGGAGAGAAAACAAUUUACUUUCUUGUCUAUCACUGUGUUUAUAUCUCCUGUAUAACAAUAUCAUCAAUGAAAACUGUCCACAUUUUAUCAUACCCGAGAACAAUUUGAUGAGAGGUAAAAUAUCACCUGCAGUCAAACCAUAUAUUCUGGAAAUAGUCAACAAUAUUAUCAACAGUAAAGGAGCGGCAAUGCUUGGUAUUAAAUAUGAUGAUAUUGGCUCUAGGCUUCAAUUCAAGUUUUUUAACUUAUGCCGAUUUCAAACAAGUAAAUAUAUUUCAGGACUUCUGUUAUAUGAUACAGCCACAAACAUUUCCAUUUCAGUUCCUGUAAAGAACAAAAGUCCUCAUGAAGCCGUACAGAUAUUGACAAACUGUAUAUCAAAGAUAUUAAAUGUUCAAUGUGAAGGAAUGGUUGCGACAGCCUGUCAACUAAAGUUACCAUGGUGCUGUACAACCCUCGGAUCUGUGCUGGCCUCCAUCAACAUCAAUCAACACAACACUGUUUUAUCAGAUGCGCUCAAACUCAUCUCACUUGGAUUAAAUACAGAUGUUGCAUCAAGUAAAUUGAAAUUAGCUUCAAUCUUAUACUGUAUUCAAGACAUACAAAAAGUUGACUUGGUUCUCAGUGAGAUUGUAAGACGCUAUGAUCUGAAUUAUGUUGAGCCAUUCUGUGCUUGUUAUGAAUUUGAAAGAAAGUCACUUAGACGAGGGUACUUUGCAAUAUGUGACAUUUACAAUGAAGAUGCGCAAUAUUAUGCAACAGCAUCAUGUGUCAAAUUUCUGCCAUGUGAAUUUUACUGUGUUCCAACCGAACUCAGAUAUGAAAUGGUAAGAUCUACACAAGAGGAGAGAAUAUACCGCACAGAAAUAAUUGAUGACUGGAUGGAUUGUGCUGUGGUGGAUUCUCUCCCUUACCUCUAUUUUCUACAAUACAAGGUUAACAGCCAUCUUGGGAGAAAUAAUGAAAAACAAUCUGCUCUCUCAAAACUUCUCAGAACUAUAAUAAUCGAGCCAGACCUUGGACAUCGGGAAACAGCUUUAAAUAUUCUCGGAAAGUGUAUGGAACAAGAAGGUAGAGUAAGGGAUGCUCUACAAUGUUAUUUGAUGUCUCUAAAUCUAAGGAGGAGAAACAAUGCUGCAAAGAUACAUAUCUGCGCACUUCUAUCUGUAAUGGGAAAUUUCAGGGCAUAGAACAAAAAUGUUGAAAUAACAGACGUAUAAGGAAGUGACAUAUAAAAGUAAAAGGAACAGUCCUGCUAAAUAUCAUAAUUAUUAUACACAUUUAUAUGUAAAAUAUUUCUUGUUAUAAAAUAA